AUGAACGGCAAGCGUGCGGGAGAAAGCAAGGAAAAAGCCAAAAACGAGGGCGAAUUUGGCGCAUCUGCAGAGUGUGCGGGGAUGGGCCCAGAGGAGAGAAGCGAGUACUUGGAGGGAAAAUUGUACGUUCUCGCGCGAAAUGCAGAGAGAAGCGAGCGCGAGUGGAGGAGCGAGCGGGAGAGGCUUCGGAGCGAGCGUGCGGAAAUGGCCUGCCGGAUGGAGGCUAUGAAGAAGGAGGUUUUGCAGGCGAAGGAGGAGCUUCGCGAGGCGCGCGCUGAAAAUCGAGUGAAGAGGCUCCGGGAAAAAGCAAGCUCUGAUGUGCCUGCCGCGGGGGAGGGCGCAGUUUUCCAAAGCGACGGGGUGAAAGAAAAAGCGAGUGAAAAGGGCCUGCCCGCCGAGAAAGCACCAAAUGGCCAGUUUGGCGCGAGUUCGCCAAGUGCCGAGCUUGCGCCUUUGAAAACGCUGAAUGAGAAGCCAUCGCUGCAUCCCAUCCCGGGCGCUGGAAACAUGCGGGACUCGAAGCAUCUUCCAAUUGAGUGGAUUCUCUCGCAUCUGAAGGGCGAGGUUCUUUUCGACCUUUCAGAGCUCACCCGCGAGAAGCUGAAAACCUUUGGAAGAUUUUUCAAGCGGGAGUUUGACUCGCUGUACAGCAAAAGAGCUGUCAUCUCUGAGAUUGAUGUUUCCGUGAAGUCGACGAAACAUCUUGUUAAGUCGCUUCUCUACUUGUCGGACAGGCCGGAGAUAGUCACACACUUUCUGCCGUAUGUGUUCAUGCAGCACAUUCUGCCGGAUGGAAGACUUUUCAUCAAGGAGAUCGUGCACAUUUUGUACCGGGUUGGCUUGGCGCCUUUUCUGCAGGCGCAGGAAACAGUCCAGGAAAUGGCGAAGUUCUUCGCGGCGUGCAGCGACUCUGUGGAGCUGAUGCACUUUCUGGAAACGCUUUCUAGAACGAGCCCCAGAGCUGUGGCUCGCGUCGUGUCUCAGGAGUACAUGCUGCGCCUCAGCGAGACGCAUGGCGAGGCCGCAUUGCGUAUUUUCAAGGCUUUGGAAGGAUGUGGCGCGUAUGCUCAGAGCGCGCACGAGGCCAUUCACUUGCACCGAGGAAGAGUGUACGUGUCGCCGGACGAGAGCAUGCACUUUUUCAUGUAA